AUGACUAAUAGAGUAUUCCACGCGAUUCUGAAAUUAAAUACCAAAUUUUUGUACUGGCCGGACGCUGCCGAACGUAAGAUCUUAGCCGCAGAAACCUUUGAAGAGCUACCACAUUGUGUUGGUUAUGUUGAUGACACUGAAGUUAAAUUAGCCGAAAAACCGUCUGAAGAUUUAGAAUCUUAUUUCUCGCGAAAACAUAUGUACUCGUUAAAAGCUCAAGCAAUCUGCGACUAUAGGCUACGUAUACGACAUUUGGUUCUGGGAUAUCCAGGCAGUGUACACGACGCCAGAAUUUACAACAAUCGUAGCUUGACUACCAGAACAACACAAAUGCUCACAGGGGCAGAAUGGUUAGCGGGUGAUAGUGCUUAUAAAUUAAGCAGCACUCUUAUAACUCCCUUCCGAAGUAAUUCAACGGACGGCAAUGUGCAGCAGCGAAAUUCGUUCAACAAAACGUUUAGCAAGUAUCGUAUAAGAAUUGAACAUUGCUUCGGUUUAUUAAAAGAACGCUUUAAUAGUUUGAAAGAAUUAAAGUUGCAUAUUAAAAAUGAUUCUUCAGUUAAAAUGGCUUGUCGAUGGAUACUGGUUUGCGCAGUUCUACACAAUAUUUUAAUAGUUCAAAGAGACGAGAGUUUUGAAGUAGCAGAAGAAAAUGAAUAUGUCGACAGUGAAGACGGAUAUGUCAACAAUGAAGACGAACCGGAAAAUCAUGUCAGUUCUCAUGACGGUGAAGCCAAACGACGUGCGCUGCGGUCAAUAAUAUUACAAGCUCAUUCUUAA